AAAACAUUUUCACAUUUCUCCACGAAACUGAAACUCUUGUUAUUCUCUUCCUUUUCGGCAAUGGACUCGACGAAGCAACAAGCGCAGAAGUUUCUGGUGACGGUGACGGCGGUGCUGGCGGUGCUCGCGAAGCGAGCAAGCCGGCUGCCGCGGAAGCUGAAGGCGGCGGCGCCGCCGAAGGAUGAGUGGAGGAUCGAACUGCGAUCACCGAAGAAGCUUCUGAGCAACAUAGGCGGCAAAACGCUGCCGUUUCUGCCGAAGAAGAGCAAGAAGAAGCGCGGCGAGAAGGAUUGGGGGAACGGCGGGGUGUGGCAGAAGACGAUUCUGAUGGGGGACAAGUGCGAGCCGUUGGAUUUCUCGGGCGUAAUCUAUUACGAUAGUAACGGGAAACAGGUGAACGAGAUGCCUUUAAGGUCGCCACGCUCAAGUCCCGUGCCCGGGUAUUACUUCAUCCGCCACCGGGAACACCGCGACCACCACCCCUGAACUCUCUCUCCGCCGCCGUGUGCAUGUUCGGUCGCCGCCGUUUGCUUUUUGAUGUGGGAUCGAAAAAUUGUAUAGAACAUCUGAAAGUUAGAGAUUUGGAUGUUUAUUGUUUAGAUAAAUAAUCUAGUCUCUUUUAAACUAUGUUUUAGAUUUAAGUUUCUUCUCUUUGCCAUGAAAAAGGUGGGUGAAUGAAAUUUUCACAACUCUUUUCUUUGUUAUUAAUGAUAAUGAUCUUGGUUAGUCUUUGUUA